CUGGGCUAGAUGGACCUUUGCUCUGACCCAGUCUGGCCGUUCUUAUGUCUCUCCUCCCCAGCCUCCAGCGCUUUGCACGGCUCCCUAGGCGUGCAGGGAGUGUGAGCACAGACCAUGCAACUGCACACGCGCGUGGCUCACAGAGCACACCUGUGGUGUGCCAGGGAGCGUGAGCACGGUCCGUGCAAUUGCAUAGGCACGGGUCUUCUUGCACGGCUCCCUCGGUAUGUAUUGGGUGUGCAGGGGAUAUGAGCACAGUUAGUGUCAUUGCACACGCACACGGCUCAUUGCACGGCUCCCUGGGCAUGCAGGGGAGCGUGAGCACCAUCCGUGCAAUUGCACACGUGUGUGUCUUGUUGCACGGCUCCCCGGGGGUGAGGGGCAUUCCCCGCUCCAGCCGUGCCCUUGCACGAGUGUGGGCAUCUACCUGGCUAUGUGGGGGGGUCCAUUGCAGUCUGUGCAGGGGGAGGGGAGCUGAGUUCACCAGUGCCCUGGGGAGGCAGGAACCGUGUGUAACCCCUCCCCCACGUCAGGUCAACGUGCGGCCGGGAGCCACUGUCUACGAUGCCCUGGACAAAGCGCUGAAGGUGCGAGGGCUGAACCAGAACUGCUGCGCGGUGUACCGGCGCCUGGGCGGGACGAAGCUGCUGACCGACUGGGACACGGACAUCACCCCGCUGGAGGGGCAGGUUCUCUACGUGGAGGUGCUGGACGAGGUGCCACUCACCAUGCACAACUUUGUCCGUAAGACGUUUUUCAGCCUGGCCUUCUGCGACUUCUGCCUCAAGUUCCUGUUCCACGGCUUCCGCUGCCAGACGUGCGGCUACAAAUUCCACCAGCAAUGCAGCAGCCGUGUGCCCAGCAUCUGCGUGGACCUGGACGCAGCCCACUGCCC